AUGGCAGUUAAGGGAUUAGGUCAAUUAGACCAAGAUUACGACGGUUCCAAUUUGCGAAUCGGCAUUCUUCAUGCUAGGUGGAAUAAAAAAAUCAUCGAUUCAUUGGUAGAUGGAGCAAUUAAGAGAUUGAAGGAGCUUAAAGUCAAAGAAGAGAAUAUUAUAGUAGAAACAGUCCCAGGAUCAUUCGAACUUCCGUUUGGAACCAAGAAGUUCUUUGAGAAGCAGGAAAAGUUAGGAGAGCCAUUAGAUGCUGUAAUUCCUAUUGGAGUCUUGAUUAAAGGUUCAACGAUGCAUUUUGAGUACAUUUGUGAUGCUACAACUUCUCAACUUAUGAAGUUGAAUUUUGAAAUUGGCAAGCCUGUGAUUUUUGGAGUACUCACAUGUUUGACUGAGGAACAAGCGGAAGCCAGAGCUGGGUUAAUUUCAGGAAAAAUGCACAACCAUGGAGAAGACUGGGCUGCUGCUGCAAUCGAGAUGUCUACUAAAUUCAACGUCUAA